CUCAACUAUUGGGAGCAUCCUUGUGCCUGAGUCACAGCUGCCCUUAUGACAUCAUAGGUCUCCCCCUCCACUUCAUCUACCCAUCCAUGGCUAGAGGAAGACAGACCUGAGGGGAUUUGAACCAUCUACACCCAAUCCAAUGGAGAAGGACCAGCCUCAAAAUAUUAAUGAACCCACUGAAGAUGAGUCUCAGCAGAAAGAGGAACCGACCAGUUUAUCCUCAGUACCACUGACCUCAGAGAAUAAUGUAGAGGCUGAAGAUGUAAAUACAGUUGAGACACAGAUAGUGGAUGGUGCUGAUAAGAAAGCUAGACAAAUCCCAAGAAAUCAAAAUAAGCCCUCUACCAGUAAUAAUCAAGAAGUCAUAAAGAUCCAGGCCUGGUGGCGAGGCACCCUGGUGCGCCGGACACUACUGCACGCGGUAAUCAGAGCGCUGAUCAUCCAGCGCUGGUGGAAGCACAUCCUGACAAAGCUAAUGGAGAGGAGGCGGCGGACAGCACUGGAGACCUUUACACGGAAGGAGUGGGCGGCAGUCAAGCUGCAGUCCUGGGUCCGCAUGUGGCGCAUCCGGAGGCGCUAUUGCCGUUUGCUCAAUGCUGUCCGCAUUAUCCAGGCCUACUGGAGGUGCCACUCCUGUGCUUCCCAGGGAUUCAUCAAGGGCCAGUACAGAGUCACUGCCAACCAGCUGCAUCUGGAGCUAGAGAUCUUGCUGGGCUCAGGGCCUUGCAUUGUGACAGAGUGUAUUCCCCUCCCAAUAAAACAGUGAAGUGGUCUUC